ACAUAAUUUCACUUCACUAGUUGUCGUUGCGAGAAUCGUUGCGAAGCGUUUGCUGCGACUGCGUCCAAGUUUAAUUGCGAAUUUCCUGUAUUUCUCGCAACGUAACACAGUUUAUUAACGUUUUAACCAAUAUUUACAUAGUAAAUACAUAAAUGGCUGACAAAAAAGUGACCCCGCCGCUGGGCGCGUACCCCCAACCGCAGCCCCCUCAGGGGCCCUUCCUGCCGGCACCGCCGCAUCAGGCCGCGCCGCAAUAUGGAGUGGCGGGCGGAUCCCCGUACGGCGUGACGUUCGGCGGCGCGGGCGCGGGCGCGGGCGGCGUGUACGCGCCGCCGCCCUACGAACAGCUGCAGCACCACCAGGCCAUACCCGCGCUCAGUCAGCAGCUACCGAUGUACAGCCCGGCAGCGGCGAUGUACGCGGCGGCGGCGGGCUACCCCGGCUACAUCGGCUACCCCGUGCAGUACUACCCCUACUACCCCACCGCCGUGCAGCCCUCCAUACAGCCGCUGCGGCCCACCAUCAUGAUCCCCAACGGGUUCGAGGCGGGCGGUAGGUUCGAGGGGCUGGCGCAGACGCUGCUGCCCCCCGCGCCGCCCGGCGUGCCCCCCUCCCCCGCGCACCUCGCCGCCAUACAGCCGCACCAAGUGCUGUGGCGCUAAACAAGGCCGCGGUAGCUAGCCCGACGUCGGAGAUCGCCCGCAAUACACAUGCCUUACUCCAGUGAGUGAACACUACCUCACUCACUCACUACACUCACUCAGUGAGGCGACUGAUCACUCAUUCCCAAACACUACUCAAAUCACUGAUUUAUUUAUAAGUUAUUUUUUAUCUUAUAAAAUUGUCGGUUUUUCAACGAAAAUUUCUUCAUAUCCGGCAACGCACUUGUAACGCCUCUGGUGUUGCGGGUGUCUAUAGACGAUGCGGAUUGCUUACCAUCAGGUGAUCUGCUCGUUUGCCAAAUAUUAAAGUUAAAUCAACAGUUUCAUAGGUACAAAAUAGCUUAUAAUAAAUGCUGGUUAAACUGCCGUAUUCAGAGACAUUUAAUGAUUACUUAAACUAUUCCUUAGUAACGAUUUUGUAUCGAAAACAAUUGCUAAGGACUGGGUUAAGUAACCAUUAAAUGAAUCUUUAAGUACAGCGGUAGGAAAAUAGAAUACAGACAUGGUUUCUUAUUCUAUGGGUCAAGCAUUUAUACGUUUAAAUCAGUGAUUUUAAAACAAAAAGUGAAUAAAUAAAUAGGAUUUGUUUCAAAUGAAAGUAAACUUUAUAGUAAUAAUUAUAACGUUCAUAAUAUCACGAGUAUUGUUGUUCGAAAUAUGUGGUUGCUAUAUAUGUGUUGUAGAUUUAAUAUAUAUAGGUUAUAUAUAUAACAUUAGUUAUACAUAGUUAAACAAAACAGUCGCCUCACUAUAUAUUCUGUGAUUUUACAAAAAAUCUACGGGGAACGAGUUAUUUGUACGUAAAAAUGUACUUUUAUUAUAAUUUCCUGUAAAAUUUAUUUAUUUAUACAAACGAAUAUAAUAUAAUUAUAUGUAGUUAUGAAUAUAAUUCUCUCAUUUAGUUCCUAUCAAAAUUAUCUGUGUAUAGAUGGCGUGAGCGUAGUUUUAAGACGACUAUUCAUUGUUUAAUGCGAUGCUAUCGCCUCUAUGAUUAAAACUAUCUAUAUUUUUGCCAAAUUCAAGAUCUGUGGACAUAACUACUAUAAUUAUAUGUAUUUGUAUGUUUGUUUGUCUGUGAACAAGUGUCUUAAGGAAAUAUAUAUAUGUAUAAAGAAUAUAUACGGACAAACUUUACUUAUAUACAAAAUUUCUUUAAUAUUGGAAAAUAUCAUCAAUUGAAAUAUUACUUUAUAUACUAUAUUUCCUAAGACAAUUGUUCAAGAAAUGAUAAGUAUAUAUAUAUAUAAAUUAUAACAAUAUAUAUAUAACUAUAAUAUAUAAUUAUUAUAUUAUAAGGGCGUGUCACUACGUCGGUGCCUAGCCUGAAUAUUGACUGUGAUGACGUUUUCACUCGCUAACUUUGCCACCACUGAGAAUCGAACCUAAAACCAUCGAAUAGGAAAAAUCAAGAUCUUGAUAUACAAAAUUGAGUCUUAUAGCAUUAGGAAUAAAGUUUAAAAAUGAUCUGUUAUGGAAUAUGUUUACCAAAAUGCUCUCUAAUUUAGUUUUUACGUCUUAUAUUAUACAAGUAAAUCGAUCUGAAAUUAAAACAAACAGCAAAUAUUAAGUUUAGUCAUAAUCCCCACACUUGACUAUUGACUUGGGGAUUAUUGAUCACCAACA